AUGAAAUUCUUUGUUCCAAGUUCCUUUGGAAAGAAUGCCGAUGCUGUAAAAUUCAAGCCAACUGCACAAAAUGACACAAGUGGUUCCAGUGGCAAAGUAAAGAAAAACAAGAAGAAGAAAAAUAAGCCAAAGACCAAAAAUGAAAUCCAGGGAAAAGGUCCACUUGCACCACCAAUGCCAAUGGAAUCAGAUGAUGAUGAAACUAUGACUGCUAAACUACAACAAAAACAAUUGAAAGCAACACCAGCUCUAGUGGAGGCAGCUAAAGAAUCUUUGAUAGAGGAUGCCGAGGAAAAACAAUCCACAUCUGCUGGAGCCACGGGUGGCUUAACGGCUUUUGAGGCCAAAUUGAAAGAACAACUGAUGGGAGGUCGAUUUCGUUUCCUUAACGAACAACUCUACACCAUGAACAGUAAAAAAGCAGAACAACUUUUCAAAUCAGAUCCUGAAGCCUUUAAAGCUUACCAUGAUGGCUAUCGUCAUCAAGUUGAGAAAUGGCCAUUGAAUCCUUUGAAUCGUAUUAUUAAAAUGGUUAAGAAAUUACCCAAAUCUUUGGAAAUCGGUGACUUUGGUUGCGGUGAGGGAAUGUUGGCGAAAUCUGUACCUCAUAAGGUAUACUCCAUGGAUUUGGUUAGCUGUCGUGAUGAUAUAAUUUCCUGUGAUAUGGCAAAUACACCAUUGAAUACCCAUGCAUUGGAUGUUGCAGUCUAUUGUUUAUCGUUGAUGGGUACAAAUUUGAAGGAUUAUCUGCUGGAAGCAAAUCGUGUUUUAAAAAUGGAUGGUUUGAUGUUUGUCGCUGAGAUUCAAUCACGUUUCGAUAAUGUUAAGGAUUUUGUACGAAAAUUAGACUCAUUCGGUUUCCAAUUGAUUAACCAAGAUGUUGGGCAAAAAGUUUUCUACUUUUUCCAAUUUAAAAAAGUUCGUAAUGUUGGCAAGGUCGCCAAUGUUCCAGCGUUGCAAUUGAAACCAUGUUUGUACAGGAAACGGUAA